CGCCCCUAUAUCUGCCGGCUUCGUGGGCCGGAGCCGAAGCGCUCUUCUUCCCACCCAGACAGUUCCCCUUGCAUUGCUCCCAUUUGCCCUGCAGGCUCCGUCUCGUUGCCCCCUCCCCAGCACCAUGUCCGCCGACAUCAUCAAGCAGGCCGCCGAGGGCCUCGUCAGCCACCCCUACUUCCCCCGCGACCUCGUCAUGCCGCACUACAUCCCCAACACCAUGACCGUUGGUGAUGUGUUUGUUGUCCUGGCCGUUGUCUUCGGCUCUUCUCUGGCUUUCAUUAUUGUCUGCGCCUUCCUUGCCCGCAAGGUGUCCACCACCAGCAAGCUCAUGGCCGUCUGGAUGUUCUUCACCGCCAAUGUCCACCUCAUCAUCGAGGGCUACUUCGCCGUCUUCCACCGCAACAUGGCCGCCGACAUGUCCACCAUGGGUCAGCUCUGGAAGGAGUACAGCAUCUCCGACAGCCGCUAUGUCAUCUCGGACCCCUUCAUCGUUUCCAUGGAGAUGAUCACUGCCUUCUUCGAUGGUCCCGUUGCUCUCAUGGCCGCUUACGGUCUCCUCCGCCGCCGCUACUGGGCUGACCUGGCCGUUGUCGUGGUGUCCAUCUGCCAGCUGUACGGUGUCAUUUGCUACUUCGGCAUGGAGAUCCUCGAGAACUUCCCCCACUCCGACCCGACCCCCUACUACUUCUGGUUCUACUUCUUCUUCUUCAACAUCGUCUGGGUCAUCAUCCCGACCAUCUGCGCCUUCGUCUCCGGCCGCCGCAUCCUGGCUGCCCUGCGUCUGGCCCAUCGCCCGGCCAACAGCAAGAAGACCGACUAAUGGGGGAGCAGACACGCCCCGCCUGCGCCGUGCUCCCCCCCCCCCCCCCCAC